UCAAAGUGCAACUGUGCUUACCUUCAGCAGUUCAGAGCAUGGGAGACUAGAGAUCAUUCUGAGGAUUUGCGCUAUAUAUGCAGAAAUGAUGUCUCUUCAUCCCAGAGAAUGCACACUGAUCAAAGAAGAUGGUGAAAACUAUGGAUUCUGCCUGCGCAUUGAGAGAUUCAAAACAGGGCAUCUUAUCCGAAAUGUAGAAAAGGGUAGUCCAGCUGAGAAGGCAGGACUGAAAGAUGGAGAUAGAAUCCUGAGGAUUAAUGGAGUGUUUAUAGAUAAGGAAGAUCAUGGAAAGGUGGCUGAUUUAAUUAGGAAAAGUGUAACUCCUGUAUUAUUCCUUGUUUUGGAUGACCAUUCUUAUGAAAGUGCAUUAAAAGAAGGAAUCAGUUUUGAAGAGUUGGCUCAAAAGUCACUAGUCCAAGAGCAGACAGAAAAUUCCCUACUUGUGACAUCUGGAGAAUCAUGUUCAGCUCCACAGCCCCAUCUCUGUUAUUUGACUAAGGAAAAAAAUAGCUAUGGUUUCUCUUUGAAGUCCACUGCAGGACAGAAAGGUUUGUUCAUUGUAGAUUUGACCCCACAGGGUCCAGCUGCAAAAGCUGGAGUGCAGCCAAAUGAUCGCCUUAUAGAAAUCAAUGGAGAGAAUGUGGAAAACGAUACUCAUGAAGAAGUGGUUGAGAAGGUGAAAAGGUCUGGGAAUCAGGUUGUGUUUCUACUGUCAGAUAAAGAAACUGACCAGUAUUACUUCAGGUGGAAUAUGCAGCUGACAAGAGAAAAGGCCAGUCUGAAAUUAUUACCUCACAAACCCCGAAAUCUUGAGCUCAAAAAAGGAAAUAAUGGUUAUGGAUUUUACCUGAGAAUGGAGCAAAAUGGCAAAGGUCACUUGAUUAAGGACAUUGAUAUGGACAGCCCUGCAGCUAAAGUGGGUCUCAGGGACAACGAUAUCUUGGUGGCUGUAAAUGGAGAGCCGAUUGAAGCACUGGACCAUGAAGCUGUGGUAGAGAAAAUCAGACAAUCUGGUGAAAAUACAAGCCUGCUAGUGGUGGAUGAAGAGACUGAUACCAUGUAUAAAAUGGCUAAAAUAUCUCCUUGUCUCUACUACCGUACAAUACUGGAGCCAAAUCUGAGCAUGGCAAAGAUACCCACAUAUGCUGAGGAAGAAAAUCACAAGCCCAGACUCUGUAAACUCAUAAAGAGUCCCACUGGAUUCGGUUUUCGAUUGAAUGCCAUUAAGGAUUUGCCUGGCCUGUUCAUCAAAGAGGUACAAAAGGAUGGGCCUGCAGAUGUAGCAGGGCUGCAAGACGACGACAUUGUGAUAGAAGUGAAUGGUACCAAUGUAGAAAAUGAAGACUAUGAAGAUGUAGUAGCAAGAAUUCACGAUGGUGGCAACAGACUGACACUACUGGUGUGUGGAGAAGAGGUUUAUCAGCACUUCUGUUCCCAAAAUAAGGCUGUUACAGCCUCAACGGCUGAUCCAUUAAAUGAUGACAGUAGUGAGCCUCCUGCCUAUGCAGAGAUACAAGCAGCAGAGCCAGAAAACACACUGCCAGAACCACGAGAAAGGGCCAGCUCAUCCUCCUCUGAAGAAGAUACUGUAUUGUGAUGAUACCAGAGUCCAAGUCUUUUUCCAUAUUGUACCUGAAAGACACUGCUGCAUGACUGCUAUUCUGAAGCAGAGGUGCCAAUAUUAUUCCUCAAAAAAAAAAAAAACUUGGCUGCAAUCAUAUCGUUACUUCCCAAUGAACGUACUGAAAAUAAUAACAUAGUUAAGCUGCAGUUCAGACUACAAUCCACCAUACCACACUGGAUACAAAAACAUCAUAGAGUUCAUUGCAGCCAAAGAUGUUGUAUGAGAACAAUAUAAGUCAGUACUUGACAUCUGAGUUCUUGUCCUGCAAUUCCUCAGUGUGCAGGUGUUUAAAAUGGUGAGAGAGAUGGGAAUCAAAUAUACAGUAACAUGGUCUGAGUUUUUUCCCAUGUUCAUUUGAACAUGAGUAAAAUCUCUUUGCAACUGGAGUCUUUUACCAGAAUCUAUGUUCAUGUGGAGUAAAUGCACAAUGAGAAUUCUAUUAUAUGCAAGUACACUUAACUAUAUAUCCCAAUUAAUUAAUUAAACUAAAAUUAAAAUAUGUUGCAUUUAUUCUGUGAUACUUUCUUCAACUGCAUCCAAUUUUAGUUAAGUUCAGAAUUAACUUUAGGCCUUGUAGCUGAACAUUAGGUUCUGCAAAGAAACCAAAAAAUGCCAGUUACAUACUGGGAUGUCUAGUUCUGGUUGAUACAUAUUAUAAAGUUUUAAAAAUAAAU